AUGGACUUCCCUCUCAAAGGCCACAAGGGAAAGAAGGCAACCCUUCCGCCUUGGUCGUCUUACAAAUUAUUAGAAGACAAUCCCCAGAACAAUUCGCAAUCAGAAGAGCAGACCGCCUUUAACUCUCCUUCACACUCAGGAGAUCGCAAGCCCGCCAACCUUUCUUCCCAGACUGAGGAUGAACUUCUUCAACAGCAAUUCAUGAGUAUGCAUGAUUUGUACGAGCCCAGUUGCCUUCCGCCAGUGCCCAACACUAUGGAGGAAAACUCAGAUCUCUUUGUCCGUCAAGAAGUUUUCGAAAAUGACAGCACCAAGAGAGAAGAGGAAGAAGACACAGAAAUGAUCUUGGCCAGCUUGAACACUGUCGCGUCACCAGCUCAAUCAACUGCAGCCACUGAACAUUCUGCAAUUCUAACUAGAACAAUGGAUUCAGAAGUCAGCCAGAGCGAGGUGGAUGAUGAUGAAAUGCAGGAAAGCAUGGAUGACGAACUGAUGAUGGACGCUGAAGACGAUUCAGAGUACGAGGUCCAAGGACAGGCCCCAGGUACAAAGCUCGCCGGAAAGAAAAGAAAGCGGGUGGCAUUUGCUGACGACAACACCACAAAAGAUUCAGUCACACGGCAAGCUCGUACAGCCCAAGAGUACACAGCAUUUCUCAGACAAAAGGCUGACAAGAACCUGAAGAGGGACUUCAUCCGUCAGAUCCAGGCGAAGCGUAAGGCAGGUAUCACUGACAUUGAGUUACAGCCCCCCAAAGCGAAACGCCGGCGGCAGCGAAGAACGACGAAUAACCACCUCAGCGACCUAGAAGAGCUUGGUUCUAGUGCUUUGCCUGAACUUGGAGCUAUCCCGAACCCCAACCAAGCCAAGGUGUCGAGGCAAGUGAGAAUGCGGCAGAUUGCAAUGGCCACUACCGAAGGAGACAGUAACAGACACCUUGGGUCGCAGCGGGAGGACGCAAGACUGGGGAUGAAGAUCUGGGGCCGUGGGGCUAUCACUUGCGUUGGUGUCUCUGACUACUUGCUGAGGGGCAUGAAGACGCCUGUUCGAGGAUGGCAGUUACAGGCCUCGGCCCGCAUGGUCAUCAGAGAGAAUGCCACAGAGCGACCCAACGGAGGCAUCUUGGGAGACCAAAUGGGUAUGGGAAAAACCCUCACCAGUCUUCUGCUCAUAGUAGGUUGUCCCCCUCUUCCUGAGGACAUUCAAGCGGGCUGCGGUGGUACGCUGGUGGUUGUUCCCGGGCCCAAUGUCCUAAAGGAAUGGUCAGAGGCCAUCAUCAAGCAUACCAGCGACAUUCAGCCUGGAGACGUGCUGGUUUUCAAAAAGGGAUCAAACACGCUGGAGAUCAGUCAGAUCGCCCAGUACAAAAUUGUCAUCACGACAUAUCAGGAGCUCCUCAAGUAUCCAUCGGGAAAGAAGAUGGAGGCUCUGAUCACGAAGCAUGGCAAGGGAACGCAAGCGCUCCGAGCGGCCGUGAAGCAAAUCGCCGGCCCCCUGUUCGACAUCGAGUGGUACCGCGUUGUGUUUGACGAGCUUCAUACCAUCAAGAAUUCGGAGACUCAGACAUUCCUUUCCUGCUACCAGUUGAACACCAAGAGAGUCUGGGGACUCAGUGGAACUCCACUGAUCAACCAAUGCAAAGAGAUCUAUCCCUAUGUGAAGCUCGUUCGGGUAGAGGGUAUAGACACAAAGAAGGACUUCAUCCGAAUUUACAAGAAGGGACCCGAUGCCGCCAGGAAGUUGGACGCGUUGAUCAACCAGAUCACAAUCCGCCGGAACCAUGAAGACGAGUUCUUGGGAAAGCAAAUGCUGGAGGGCAUUCCCAACUUCGACGCCGAGAUCCGCUGGGUCAACCUGUCCGAGGAGGAACGACUCAUCUAUGAUGCCAUCACCGAUCACUUCAAAAGCAAGGCAUCGAUUGUCGCAAUGGCCAACAAGAGAAGAGCCAUAUCGCACCCCUAUCUGCUGGAGAAGUCGUUCCUCGAAAAGAUCGACUGCGCGACCAUCCGGACGUUGAUCGACAGACUCAAGGAAUUCGAGGGCAAGAGAUGGGUCUAUCACCAGAUCGGAAGACGUACAAGCAGAGUAGAUCCUGACACCGCCUCUGCCAACGCCGUCGCCAGCAGCAGCAGCACCAACACCCAGCAGCCCGACAGCGAUGACGAAGAGGGCCCCCCCCCUCUCACGCCCCAGGAAAUCAGCUACGCCCCGAUGGACCCUUUUGGCAAGUCCAGCUUUGGAGGCAUGUUUUCCAUGUCUCGCCUGCUCGAGGGUACGAUUGCCGAAAAAGAGAUUGUCGACAUCAAAUGCGGCAUAUGCAAGCAGAGGCAGCAAGCCGACCCUUGGCGCAUCGCUGAGUGCAACCACAUCAUCUGCGGUGCAUGCUUCUACAAGAAGAUGCUCAAACUGAAGAAAUGCCCGACGUGCAAACACUCGUUGGACAAGCUCAAAAUUGAACGGGUCCCGACCCUCAAGGCCAUGGCUCAGGGGCACGUCUCGGAGGUGACGGAGGAGUCUGGCGACGAGGAUUCGGACAACGACGAGUCCGACAACGAGGAUCCCAAAGACGAGACCUUGGUCACCAACAAUGCGACCAGCAGGCAGAAAAUUGCGGCGAAAAGCCGCAAGGUCCAGGAGAAUCGCGAGAGGAAGAGGGUCAUGCGGCGCAAGCACGGUGCCGACUACAUCAAUAACCUCCCUGUCCUCGACGACAACGACGCCAUGUUCGUCAACAUCAGCGUGAACUGGAACGGCGGCGUCCCUUGCCCCGGCACCAAGCUCACAGUCACCAAGGAGAUUAUCCUCCAGUGGCAGAUGGAGGCGCCCGAGGACAAGAUUAUCAUCUUUAUUGAGUUCAUCAAGACCGCGGUCCUGCUGGGUGUAGUCCUGAACCUCGAGGGGAUUCCGUUCGUGUACCUCAACGGCAAGCUCACCACAAAGGAGAAGAUUGAUGCGGUGGACGCGUUCAAAAAUGACCCAAAGGUCAAGAUUCUUAUUGCCUCGAUGAGAGUCGGCGGCCAGGCCCUCAACCUGACCUGCGCCAACCGGAUCAUCCAGAUCGACUCGUGGUGGAACGAGUCCGCCGGCGACCAGGCCAACGGGCGCGUCAACCGCAUGGGACAGCUGAAGCCCUCGCACGCCGUUGCUAUCAAGGCGCGCGACACCAUCGAUGAGUACAUCACGGACCUGCAAGGCCGCAAGACGCAGGAGAUAGAAUACGUCAUGCAGGACGACGGCCGCGUCACCGAGAUGCUCAGCGACUUUGAGAGGAUGGCUCUUACUGCCCCUAUCGCGUGGGACGAGACCAAGCAGCGCUUGAUCGAAGAGAUUGAGGAGGAGAACGGUCCCGAGAGUGUUCGGGGCGUUCAUUGA